UAUAAUUAUGAUAAAAUGGGUUAAACACAAUCACCAUGGUUGGCGAAGAUAGCAAACGUCAAGUAUUUGAAGAAAGACUACAUAGGAUAGUUUCAAAAACUCACAGCAUUUCCGCCUUUUUACAAUGGUAUGGGUUGGACAUAUACUUGUAUGGUUGGAUUUUCAUGCUUGGUCAUCGUAAGGUGGGAUUCCACUUCAGCACUGUUUGUGCUCCAAUACUUGGACUUGUGAUGAGUGACAUACUGUGGCACAAGAGAGAGCAAGCGAGGCUUGAAGAGGUUGCGCAAAUAUUGAGGGAUGAAGAUAGUUAUUUGGUUCUGUCUAAUGUGAAUCGACUUCUACCAUGGCUACGUCAUCCAGAUAUCGAAUACUGUAGUUGGUUGAACAAGUUGAUCUACGACACGUGGCCCUAUGUCUGUGCGAAUGUAGAACACCGAAUAAAAAAGAACAACUUUAAGCGGUUAAAAAUCUCUAAAGCACAUUUGGGUGAAGUUCCACCCAUGAUAACCGGCGUUAAAGUACACGAUAAGGAGAUCAACACUGACCAAUUGACUAUUGAUGUAUAUUUGUAUUUCUCUGGAGACUGCGAGUUCAGUUUCUCAGUUGCUUCUUUGUCAUUGGGUAUCAGGAACUUUCAGGUCAGAGGUUCAGCUAGAAUGGUGCUUUUCCUCAUGGAUACACCGCCUUUCAUAAGAGGUGUUCAGUUCUGUUUCCUUGAUCAACCUGAAGUAGAUUUCACUCUAACGGGUGUUGGAAGUCUAGGUCUGAUUGAAGAAACAGUUAAGAGUUUUAUCAAAAAAGAAAUAUCCUUGCGUUUGGUUUUUCCUCGUUCUUACACUUUAGUGUUGAGUGAAAGUGCACAAGAAGGUCUGCAAGAUCCGGGAGGUGUGAUCAGGAUCAACGUGGUCAAAGCGAAGGGCUUGGAAAACAAAGACGUGUCGUUCCCUUUCUCAAAGAACCUGUCAGAUCCUUUUGCAGAAGUAAAAUAUGGGUCGAAGGUUUGUUGGUCUGAGGUUAUAGAAAAUAGUAGUAACCCUCAAUGGGACUUUUGGUGCGAAUUUGCAAAAGACGAUAACGAAGAAGUUCACUUCAGAUUGAUGGAUAAGGACGUAAAUUCAAACGAUUUGAUCGGUUCUUGCUCCUUAAGUGUGGCUGAAAUUAAAAACAAAGGAGUAAUAGACUCUUGGUUUAGGCUGAGUGGAAGUAAAGGAUCGAUUUACAUUCGGGCUUUCUUCCUAAAGUUAUCAUCUGACGUCAGUAAGGUGGCGUUUCCACCUCCAAAACUGUAUUUUCUUUCAUCUUUUUUAUUGGUAGUCCGAGUUAAAUGUGCCUACAAUCUUCUGUUACCGAGAAGUUUUAAGAACCCCAGUCCCAAGGUACAACUCACUGUGGGAAAUGACGAUCAAGAAAAAGAAACUGAAGUUGUUAAAAACACAGCCAAUCCAGUAUUUGACCAGACGUUUCAGUUUUUUGUAAAUAACAUAGAUUUCGACAGAUUAAAAAUGCGAGUUGUUGAUGAAGAUGGCAAGACAACGAUUGGUUCUUUUACUUAUAGUUUGAGAAAACUUCUCGAUUGUGAUUUGGAAAUCUUGAAUCAUCAGUUUCCUCUUCAAGAAUCUGCAUCGGAUUCUACUUUAGUUGUAUCAAUGAGACUAAGAAUUAUAAAAAAUGUUUUUAUUUAA